CCUAACAAACUCUUUUAAAAAUACCCAUUCCCUACCACCUAUACCCGCCAGACUCCCGUAUCCAAUUCCCAUUAAUUCCUCUUCGUUCUCCAUUUACAAAAAGGAAAGAAACGAACCCUGCUUUCCUGCACGGCCGGUGUUCAUUCCACCACUGUCUUAAGAAUAAUCAAAUUUCCACCACCUGCAAUGAUUCUAGCAGUUCUCCUGAAUAAGAAAUAAUCAUCAUGUACUUCGUGAUCUUAUCGGUAAUCAUUGUUGCAUUUUUCUUUAUACCUUCUGGGUUAAGAUCUUCUCUUCUGUUCGCGGUUAAGAAAUGGCUUCGAUUUCUGGAAGACAAGUGCUACGCCUAUCAGUUCUACAAGGUUCCGGAGUUCAACCAGUACAUGCAGGAAAACCAGCUGUACCGGAAAGUGUCUACAUACCUUAGUUCCUUGUCCGCCAUUGAAGACUCCGAUUUCACUAACCUGUUUUCGGGGAACAAGUUGAACGAGAUCAACGUAGUUCUCGAUUCCAAUCAGGUUGUGGUGGAUGAUUUUUUGGGCGCCAGGGUUAGCUGGGCGAACGAGGAGAACGAGAGGACCGGUUUGAAAUCCCUAGUUUUGAAAAUUAGGAGGAUCGAUAAGCGUCGGAUUCUCCGUUCGUAUCUUCAGCAUAUUCUCUCUGUCUUCGAUGAGAUCGAGCAGAGGAGGAAGGAGUUGAGGCUGUACGUGAACAUCGUCGAGAGGUGCGGGCGGUGGAGAUCGGUGGCGCUGACGCAUCCUGCGACGAUUGACACGGUGGUCAUGGAUUCGGAUCUUAAGAGCAAAAUCAAGUCCGAUUUGGAAACCUUUCUCAAAUCGAAACAGUACUACCACAGGCUAGGCCGUCUUUGGAAGCGGAGCUACCUUCUCUACGGCCCUUCCGGCACCGGUAAAUCCACAUUUGUGGCCGGAAUGGCGAAAUUUCUGGGCUACGACGUUUACGACAUCGAUUUGUGCCGAGUCUCCGACGACUCCGAUCUGAAGAUGCUUCUCUUGCAGACGAAGAGCAAAUCGGUGAUCGUGAUUGAAGAUCUGGAUCGCCAUCUGCUCGCGAAGUCAACAGGUCCGACUUUGUCUGGGAUUCUCAACUUCAUGGACGGAAUCUUCUCCUGCUGCGGCGAAGAACGGGUGAUGGUGUUCACGAUGACCACCGGAAAAGAUCAAAUCGAUCCAACUGUUCUCCGGCCGGGAAGAGUCGACGUCCAUGUUCAUUUCCCCUUGUGCGAUUUCAACGCUUUCAAGAGCUUAGCCAACACCCACUUGGGCUUAAAAGAUCACAAGCUUUUCUCUCAUGUGGAAGACAUAUUCCAAACCGGGGCGAGUUUGAGCCCGGCCGAGAUCGGCGAAAUCAUGAUAUCGAACCGGGCUUCUCCAAACCGGGCCUUGAAAUCGGAACUCCAGGCUAUAGAGGAGAUCAAGCGAGAAAGAGAGGCGGUGAGAAGACGCUUCGGGGAAGAGUUGGCUCAGAACACCCGGGAGUGUGAAAGGCUAACCCGAGCAAAGACUCAAGACCAAGCUCUUCGAGCGACUACUGGCCAGCCGCACCAUGCGAAGACGGGAAACCCCAGGAGUUCAGUCUUUGACUGAAUGACACAAGGAAGGAUACCAUUCAGCGCACGACUGGGAAAGAAUCCGGAGAAAGCUCCACUUGGGUGGGAGCAACCCCAUCCGAGUCACGUAGAAUCGUCGAACUAGGACCCACGUCGUUGGGGACAAGUGUAACACCCC